GUAUUGGUGCUGUCUAUGUGUGCCAUGACACUAGUUCUGGCGGAAGUGGCUUCAUGUAUCCGGGUAGUCCAGGCGGAAGUGCCAUACUGGCUCAGUCCCCUUGUGGAACCUUUGUGUGAUUCCGCGGUUGCUGCGGGGAGGGUUGAGGGCGCUGCACAGCAAUCUAUCCACCUUGCCAUGUCCUCCGUGCUCUUCACCCUGCGCUCCCUGGCGGUGUCCAGCCUCCGGUAUCCCCCGGUUAGGGGGAAGAAGCGCUGGCUCAGGUCUUACCUGCUGGCCCUGGAGAAGCAGCGGCAACUGGAGGGCCCCCCGAAGCCGAUCCCCCGGUCACAGCAGCUGAACUUCGACUACCAUGCAGAAAUUGUAGCUUUCUCAAAGCGACUUAAUGAGACUUUCUCGUUGGAUCUUUUGAAAACGGCAUUUGUGAACUUUUCAUACUUGGAACAGGAGCAGAACAGACGCCUAGAGCUAGGGUUGGACAAAGAAACCGCUGCACUGAAUCUACAGGAUAACCAGGAACUUUUCCAAAGAGGGUCUGAUUUCACUGCCCUAUAUCUUAAAGAGAACCUGCAGCAAGGGUUCCCCAACCUACCUGUUUCUGGAAUCACAGCCUUAAUUGACUAUCUCACUAGUGAAGAAAUUAUCUGCCAUGUGGCCCAAAAUUUGGCAGUAGAGGAUUUAGCACUGAGCUCAGAGUGUCCAUUGUCUUCUGGCACUCUUCAGCGAACUUUCUUUGCAGUAAUUGGAGCUCUACUGCAGAGUAGUGGCCCUGAGAGAACAGGACUGUUUAUAAGGGAUUUCCUGAUUUCACAACUAAUUGGGAAGGAUCUCUUUGAUGUCUGGUCAGUCAGGGACCCUAUGACCCUGCUGGUUGAAGAAUUGUCUAAAAGGAACGUUGCUCUCCCAGAACCCAGGCUCACAAAACAAUCUGGAGUCAGCACUGCCCUUCCUGUAUAUUUUGUGGGUCUGUAUUGCAAUAAGCAGCUGAUAGCAGAAGGUCCCGGGGACUCCAUCGCUGCUGCAGAAGAGGAAGCUGCACGUGUUGCUUUGCGGAAGAUGUUUGGCUUCACAGAGAACAGGCGGCCUUGGAAUUAUUCUGUUCCCAGGAAGGAUAAUACUGAGAAAAUGGCCAUUAGCAGCAUAUAGCAUUCUCCUUCAUUAGACCACUAAUUGCCAGCAGCAUAUAACGCCCCCCCAAAAAUAUUUUUGGUAUCUAUUUUUGGGCACCAUGCAAAAACUGAGAAAGUACACUGCUUAUUUGUAGUUGAUGGACAGUUAAGUACUAGGUUUAAACAAAGAUUAACUGUGGUGUUUAAAUCAGCAGAAGAUAAUGUUAGAUAACUAGUGAAUCAUGGUGCGGUGACCUCGAACUUGCAAAAUUUAGGCCAAAAUAUCAAAGUUGACGAUUAUUUUUCUUUCCCACAUUCUUCACUAUUCUAUUCUAAAUAUAGCAAGUUUAUUGCCAUCAAACAUUGAUCCAAGCUAAUAUUAGAAAAGUGGCCUUUGGUUUGCCCACGCUGACCGCCGCUGCUGUGGAUUUCCCAUUCAGAGUACUUUGUUUUGUUUGAUAUUUUUCAACCUUGGAAGGGAUACAGUAAUUGACCUAACAACCCUGUACUCCUUCAUUCUCUUGUUUAAAGAAGACUUGUUCUACAACCUGUAUAUAUGCUCUUACCUGCAAAAUAAAAUAUGUAAAAAUA